CACCAUUCUCCUCUCCACAAAACACCCAGACGCGCAGCGACAAAGCACAGCAGUGACCUCGAAGUAGUUCCAUCCGGAUGCCUCCCCCCGCCGGCAACCGCAGCCAUGUUUUGGAAGUUACCGCGUGAAGUAUUUGACUUGGUCGUCUCCGGGCUUCCACACAAUGACCAGGUUGCCCUGUCCACCGUCUCUAAAGGUCUUCGCGCGGCUCUUGCUACCGUCAUAUGGAACAGAAUCCGUGUUGACGUACAGCGUCGUGGUACGGACCAAAGUCAACCGAGGGUGAACAGCGAGGCGGUGACACGAUGCGCCAUAGCCUUCCGUCAACCUUCAGCCGCCAUUCGCCAAGUCACCCAGCUGGAGUUGCUGUGCGGCUUCGGCACUCGCCACUACUUGGGGACGCCAUGCCCUCAUCCUCGACCUCCACCUCAGGGGGGGCAGCGUGGACAACAUCUCAUCCGCCUGACAAAAGCCCACGCAAAACACGUGGCGGAUAUCCAUGCGGAACGUCAGGAUCAUUAUAACUGUGUAGUGGAAAACACGAUAUCAAUUAUUGAGUCUCUCUAUGAGGGACAGUUACAAGAGUUCAGCUGGGACUUGUGCACUUGUGUGCCCCCUGCGCUACUCGAGACCCUGGCUAAACGGCAUCGUCAUCUUGCCUCCCUCCGCUUGACGACUGACUAUAUGUGUCCCGGCCCUCCCGGAGACGAAAACAAGGUUGUCGAUUUCUCCCCUUUCCGGCACCUCAAGCGAAUCUCUUGGAAGGGUCUCCCAUCACACAACGCAUGCCAGCUACGAGAGGCACUCCGGAAUAACAGUCAUCACCUAGAGGAGUUGGAGCUGGACCUGUACAAGGCAUACCCCAAGAUAUUCCCGCACCCUGGUAGAUGGAAGGGGGAGGCCUACUGCCUCGACUUCUGGCGGGGCAUGCCGUUUGAUACGCGGUUUCGGGAUGACAUCCUGUCGAUGAAGACCCGGCAAUCAUCAAAGCCCGCCUUCCCGUCGCUUCGCGUCCUUAAACUUCGAUCGGCCCCCCUAGAUCUCGAAAACGCGACAAGGGCGUUGUGCCGCGUAAUCGAUUUCGCAGCCCUGGAGUCGCUUACGCUGUGGUAUUGUUGCGGUUGGGAAGUGUUCCUGGACACUGUCCAGGAAUCGACUGGAACGAAGCCUAUCAAACUUCGGACCCUCGAAGUCAAGUGCACCGAAGACCGUGGCGAGUAUGCUGAUAUUGCCCGGUUUGUUGGCUCCUUUCAGGGGUUGUCAGACCUGUUUGUGAGCCUUUCGGGUGAAGACUUCCGAGAACCAGACCCUGAUCUAUGGAUCGCUCUUCCGCAGCACCGCGUCACCCUCAAACGGUUAGUUUUUCACUCGAGGUUCACCCCCGGGAUGCGAGUCGAUUAUUAUUGCGACUGCACCAAUUUGGGGCUUCCGAGGUUGGAUCCUACCUUUAACCCGAUGAGUGAUUUGGAUCUGGAGUGUCUCGGCUUGUCCUGUGAUCCGGAUUUACUGCCACCACUUCUUCGGCCUUUCACCGCCAAGUCCACGCUCAAGAUCUUUCACCUUCGACAAACAGGCGCUGAUCUCAACAGGGGUGAGAGGUGCCGAGCCCUGGACCUUCCGCAGAUUGACGAGCCGGACUGCCAACCCGAGGAACACAACCGUGUAACAACCUUGCGGUCCUUACCAUACGACACGCUGGAAGACGCAUUGCAAGAUUCGUUCCGUGCUCUGCUUGAUUGGGCGUUUGGACCGCACGGAAUAGCGUCCAUUCAGCUGGUUGCGUUCGGCGACUUUGCUCAGGGGCGGAACAAACUGUAUCUGCAUAACCUUUUCGUCUGCCGAGCUGAAAGUCGCGUCGACAAGGGUGGCCCUCCCUAUCGUGUUUUUGAUGCGCGGGAUCGGAAGCACGAACACGAGUGGGCGACGAUCGUUCGCCCACACUGGUCGUUUCUGGAGGCCUGUCCCGUCGGUUCCUUUCAGUCAGACUCGUAUUAUCGUUUCUAGGAGUUUCAACUCCAACGUAACCCGUCGGGGACGGAUCUUACCUUUGUUGUGUUUGGGGGGGUUACCGGAGGGCCGUCUUAAAGGCUGCUACCAUCUUACGUUCGUAGAAGAUUGUGCACUCCCUGGGCAUCACAGUACCAUCCUAUGCCGUUGGCAGCUCCAAAAAGAUACUGAAUCACCAUGAUCUCUCCCACCGGGAAUUGAACCCGGGUCUCGAGCGUGACAAGCUCGCAUACUGACCACUAUACUAUGGAAGACUAGCAAGUGUGGACACUCGCUAUAGCCUGGGCUGGUUGUUGGUGAGAGGGCAGGGAGAGGGGUAUAAGAA